AAACUAUCGGUGAAGAAUUAAUAAAACCAUGUGUCCUAAAAGCCACGCAGAUAACUUUAGGAGAAGAUGAUCAAAAAAUUAAGUCUAUUCUCUUUCAAAUAACACAGUCAAGCGUAGAAUCGUUGACAUUGCAGCAGACAUAAAGUCACAAAUAAUUAACAAAGUAAAAUUAUCCCCAUUUUUGCCAUUAGUUGCGAUUAAUCCACCGACAUCGUUAAUUGUGCACAGUUAAUAAUGUAUGUUCGUUACAUCGGCGGAGAUAUCAUUCAUGAAGAGAUUUUGUACUCCCAAUCUUUGACAGCAGCUACUACAUCUGAAGAUAUAUUUAAUUCAAUAUCAAAUUUUGUUGGAAAACAUGAUUUGGAUUGGAAGAAACUCAUUGGACUUUGCACAGAUGCGCACCUGCAAUGAUAGGUGUA